AGGCAGCAGCAGACGAGUCCCUCUCCUCUCCAACUGAGGAUCAUUCUGCAUCCGAGCAGAGAGUGAGUGAGGAGAGAGAGGAAGAGGAAGAGGAAGAGGAAGAGGGGAGGUCAGAGCCACAGGGGGAGGAAUAAGGAGAGAGUCUGCAUACGCUGAGGAGGAGACGGCGAAGUGAGACGAACCAGCGAGCACCUCUCCCUCCUCCGUGGACCGUUUCAAACAGGAGCUGCUGUGGAUUCUGCUCAUUUUCACUCCUCCCCCGGAGUCCCUCUCGGAGUCUCGGUGUUGUAGAAGAAGCUCACUCUGACUUUGGAUCACUCUGCGUAAUUUGGAGACUUCAGAUCCGCGCUGCGUCAGGAUGCGCGUCUGUCCGCUGCUGCUCCUCUGUCUGCUGUGCGCCGCGCGCGCUCAGAAGUUCUCGGCUCUCACGGUAAGAAGCUCCUCAGGUCCCUCACGGACCUUCACAUGGGUCAGCAGGUAUCAGAGAGUGAGUCUCAGUAAGAUCUUCAGUCAGGUCCAGGUGAGGCUGACGGUCUGGAGGGACGGAUCUAAGCGUCAAGUCUGUGCGUAAAAUCAGGAAAUAUCAACAAUCGGCUGAGGGGGAGUUUGAUUUUAGGAUCAGAUAUGAUGAAUUCAGUGUGUUUAUAGAGUUAUUAACCUUUAAAGCUCCUCUAAGGGGUUUCUGAGUUACUCUGGAGUAAACUGCAGCUGAUACUGACGCCUCAGUCUGACCUUGAAGAGCACCGACAGUUUCAAUCUGCAGAAAAUAAUCACAAACUUUUCGUCACAUUUGACUGUAAAAGUGGGGAGAAGUAAAUUAAUUUACCCCAAAGAUUCAACCUCCGCAUCUAAAGAUGAAGAGAAGUCAUAAGUACACACCUUUGUCCACAGGGGGCGCCAAAAUCGACACAAACUGGAAAAUCACAGAAUGAAAGUCAACUUCUGAAGUUUUCUAUCAAAUUUUGAUUUUCCAUAAAUACAGACAUUAUGAAUCAUUUAAACAUCAUUUUAGUGCUGACUGAUGUGGGAGAAACUGACCUAAGAGUGUAAACAUGUUUUUUUUUAUCAGCUAUAUUCACACCGACUUCACUCGGAGGGUUUUUAACGCUCACUUUAGACUCUGUGAUCUUCAGCUUUAACUGCUCACGCCCCUUUUUGUUCCAGAAAACCCUGCAGCUGUGUAAAAAUGUGUAAACUACUAAACUGACCAAAUCUAAAGCUCUAUGGUCACGGUGCAAAAAUACCAUCGAUGUGCUGCAGACCAGUGAAGACAAGCUGCAGAACCACACAGACAAACUGAGUGUGCACCGCAAACAGCUGCAGACUGACUGCGCAGACGGCAGCAGAAACACUGUAGACUGACUGUUGAUGUGCUGUCAACACAGUUUGGAUACACUGACCAUACAAAUGUAGAGAUUCUAUUGGCUGAGUGCAGAUAUGAUGCAGAAACACUGAAGAACCUCUGCAGACAUGAGAAGCUCACUUAGAGACACUGAAGACACACCGCAGACAUGCAGCAGAUAGACUGCAGACUCAUCUCAGACACACUGCAGACAGACUGCAGAUUGUGCAAAUUAAUACAUUUAUUGUUCAUUUAUUUCUAUAAUCCAGGAAACCACAAUUCCACAAAACUUGUGACCUCGUUCAUGAGUGGAACCAGUAAAGAAGGAAAACAAACCUCUGGAGCAGCUGCAGUUUUUCUAACUGAAAACUUUACGGCAACAUCCAGAACAAAGAAUUCACACAGACAGUUUUUAAAAAGUGAAAUAAAACUUUAGAAAAUCACUGCAGACCUGCUGUAGCCUCAUUGCAGGGACAGACAGACCUGCUGCAGGUUUAAUGAAGACCUGUUGAAGACACAUCUGUAUGUUUCUGUCUGCCUGAUGUCACUCCGCGAGUUCACCCUUAAAAACGAGACGAUGCGUCUCAGGAGGUUUAUCCUGAAGAGACAGACCUCCUGAAGUUUCCAGGAUCGGGUGCAUCAGUUUUGCAGAGUGUGUGUGUGUGUGUGUGUGUGUGUGUGUGUAGUGUUUGAUGUGAGGCACAGACACACACCGCUCAGGUGUUCAGGUGCAAAAGCCAAAUUUCUGAUAAAAGGGAAACAAACAAGAAUUUCACCUUCAGGCCAAAGAUCUGAUCUUUUUUUAUAUCCUGAUGACUCUGAAGAGUGUGUGUUCACACUCACACACUCACACACACUCACACUGUGGUGAGAUGAGAGGUAGGAGGACGUCAUCACUGCUCCUUCCAGCCUGCAGGGCAGCUUUAAUAUAAAUUACAGGCUCUAUUGCCCUUCACACUUUCAUUCACGGGUGCACCUGCCCACAGAGGCUGUUUGUCAUCACAUGACCGCCCCGCCAACAUCUGUCACAGAUCAGAGCGUGUUUUUGUUCCUCCGAUGGAGUCAGCAGCAGGUGAAGCUGUCACUUUCUUCCUUCCAGCUCCCUGCAGACCGUUGAUCCUCCUCCUCCGAGCGUCGGCGCAGGAAACUCCCGCCGAGUCGUUUAACACGUCCACUUGGCUCUCAGCGGGGCCCCCAUUGACCCCGCGAGGCCGCCGUGUGAGGGGCCCCUCCGGGUGCUGGGAGAGGGGGCCCCACAGUCCAGAAGGCCCUUAUCAGCCCACAAUGUGCACUCUGCUGGAGACCCAUCCCAACCCCAUUCAAUCCCACAAUGCAGCAGGAGAGGGGGGGUAAUAGGAUUUGAUUUGUGUGCCGGUUGGUUAAAAAAAAAUCAUCAGACUCCGCCCCCUUUUCUGCACCGACUGCCAAUGUUUGUUUUGUAGGAACAGAUGGAAAAGAGAGUAGGAAGAAAAGAGAGAGAGAGAGAGAGAGAGAGAGAGAGAGAGAGGGAGAGAGAGAGGGAGAGAGAGAGAGAAGGAGAGAGAGAGGGAGAGAGAGGGAGAGAGUGGAUGAGUAAAUCUUGGAGCUCUGAUCUGAGUCACAGUUUGUGUUCUGUCUUGUUUGAGUCUCAACGUGAUGAAUCAGGUGAAAGUUUGAAGGAGGUCACACACACACACACACACACACACACACACACACACACACACACACACACUGGAGGAAGAGCUGCUCUCUUUCUCCUCCUUCACGUUGUCGUCUGUUUUCCUGGCAGAUUCUGGGUGGCUGAUUUCACGGCUGACCGUCUCUCGGACUUUAAAGCUUUAUUUAACGUCUCGUCUCUCUGGCUGAGUCUCCACAGUCUGUUCCUCUGAGUUUAAAGCUUUAUUUCAACUCUGCUGGUCGAUUGAGAGGACACUGAGCGGGCCGCUGAGCCGCUGAAUGACUCUGUGAGAGCCGUCAGUCUGCAGGAGCUGCUGAUGAGGAUGAUGAGGACGAUGAUUAUAGAGAGGACGAAGACGCUGUCUGAGUAUUUGGGUGGUCUGAGUGUGCAGAGGAGAGGUCAGAGGUCCAGUCAGACCACUUUCUCUAAGAUGAGUCCUUUUUCAUACACAGUGAGUUCAGCAAAGCCUGAGGCAGGGAGAGCAGCAGCAAAGAGACAAGGGUUCGAAGCCGAGCAGACCUCAGUCUGACAGAAACUGGACUUUCCACAUCAGUUCAACUGGAAUCCACAUGGAAUUCCUCUAAGAGAAAUUCUGUAAAAUUAAUUUAGGGUCAAACUCACCGUAACCCCGAGUUAGACCCCCCCUCCAGAGAUGAAUGUUGUCGACCGCUUGCUUCUCUAGUUAUACCAACUUUAGUAACGACCGCAGGAUAGUGUUUGUUUGUAGUGAGACCUCAGGCCAGUCCAUUACAGACUACAGCGGGGUGCCGCAGCUCAAGGAAGAACAUUUAUGAUCAUUUCUUUAUCAUUUCCUUGAAGUAAUAAUCACCAUAUUGAUCAUUUUCCACUCCAGAUGUGGUAGUUCUUCUGCCAUAGCGUCUCAGUUGGCGUGUAUGUGCGUUUAACUAUACCUCGGCCUUGUCUAAGUGGCAAUCUGUGAAAUGAGUCCAAUUUGAACUUCUUUCGCUUCUUUUCCACGACCUGGAUAAUAACAUACAUCGACCAUUGAGUCCUCCUUUGUCUCAGGUAUUUGGUUUUGACUGAUUUCUCUUCACCUUCCUGCUGUCUCCUCACUCUUAAUGAUAAACAAUUGCGUUUGAAUUCACAUAAAAUGUCGCGUUUGUUUACGUGUGUUUCCCCUGCAAAUACGUGAAGUUAAAAAUGGUCAUCUGCGCUCAUUUCCACUCGAUUAUAACAGUAAUAAACUCAUAUAUGUGGAUACAUAAGAACUAUGAUUUCAUUUCCAUGAAGAAAUGAUCAUAAAUGUUCUUCCUUGAGCUGCGGCACCCCGCUGUAGUCUGUAAUGGACUGGCCUGAGGUCUCGCUACAAACAAGCGUCUGCUGGAAGAGAGUAGGUGAGUUGUGUUUAGUCUCUUUGCUAAAGAAAUGAGUCAAAGUUAAAAAGAUGUUUGGUGUCUAGUACUAUGUCUGUGACCCUAUAUGUACUAUCCUGUGUAGAACAUUGUGUAGUUCCGUUCAGUAACAGAACCUCAUUGGAAAAUUAGCUGAUUUAACUUUACUGUGCUCUUGUUCAAAUAUAUUAACUCAACAGCACAUAAAUCCAUACCUGUUAACAAAAUCAUGAUUUUAUUGAUAAUUCGGCUCAAUAAAAACACCUUUACCUUUUCAUUUUACUACAGUGGAAGUUUAUUGGCCCAGCUUAUAGACUACAGAAGUGGAGAAACGCCCCCGCUUAAGUUUGUUUUCUUAGAACAACUCUGAAUAUAGAACUAUGUCUGUGACCCUAUAUGUCCUGUUGAUGAAGUUAGGUGCUGUUCUGAGCAUUAUUUGUGGCUAUAGAGUGGCGUUUUGGUUGGGGGCGUGGCUCUCUGUAUUGCUAUCCUGCGGUCGUUACUAAAGUUGGUAUAACUAGAGAAGGAAGCGGUCGACAACAUUCAUCUCUGGAGGGGGGGGGUCUAACUCGGUGUUACGGUGUGUUUGACCCUAAAUUAAUUUUACGCAGGAAUAUCCCUUUAAAGUCAGACUAACGUACGGUGAGGUUCUCAAUCUCAAUCCACUAAACAGAAAUGCACACACACACACACACAGACACAGACAAAAGGAGAUUUAUGAUUUAUGAUCAGGGCUGACAGAAGGUCAUCCACCCAUCCUCCCUCUCCCAGGUGCACACCGCCCUGCAGCUCUGAGCCUCACACCACACUUUGUCAGACACACACACACACACACACACACACGACCAAAACAGAUUUAUUGGCAUGUGACCCCCCUUCCCAUUUUCCGCUCAGCUCACCUGUACACGGUCUGUCUGAGCCUGUUUGUGAUUGGUCCACAGGGAUGGCGAUGUUUCGGGAUGUUGGUGCAUUUACAGAAUCGGAACAAAACGCUGACUCAGAGUUUCAUUCGUGCAAAUAUUCUUUGAAAAGAGAAGACAAAGACCUGGACGUGUUUGCAGAUGAGACUCGAACCUGCAGCUGCACGCUUUAAAGUUUGUUUUUUUAAUGAUUCAAACUGAAUCACAGAAACUCUAUUUGAACAAGAAUCUGGACACACAGUUUAUUCUGCUUCAUUCAUUCAUGACUUCAUCUCAGGUAAGGUUGACACAGGUGAUCCUCUGUGUUCGUGUCCUCCUUUCAUAGCUGAGGUAAAGCCGCUCAGGUGAAUACCUGCACAGGUGUGAGCUCACACAAAGAGAGGAGGAGGACAGAAGCAAACAUGGAGGCAGGAGAGCCUGCUGAGGACUUCUUUAGUCCUUUAGUCAUUUCACCCCGAUGACACCAUGGAUGAGGAGAUGCUCAUUCUAGAAGUCUAGAAGUAGAUUUCCUCCUCUGGAAGGACACAAUCUACUGCUUAUAUGUCUAUGUGUCUGUAUUUAUAGAGACAACUUGUUAUCGCACAAUUGCACGUGAAUCCGCGGGUUCUUGUGAGUUCUCUCGAUUCCCGCUGAUCGUAAUCCGCUGCGAAAUUCACCUCACAAACAGAUCCAACGGUAGGAAUUGGCAGACGGCAAAAAUCGCUGCUGUUCUGGAUGCGGUGAAAAUUGGGGGUUAGACCCAGUCAGGUGACAGACCUGUUGUUCCUCCAGAUGUUUAUUUUACAAUUAGAACUUUUGACCUGCUUGUUUUUUCCUCUAUGAUACUUAUUUGAAUUAUCACGUCUGUAUUUUUUCCUCUCUCUGUGUUUGUCUGCAGUUCCUGCGCGUGGAUCAGGAUAAGGAGUGUAACACCGACUGUACCGGAGCUCCUCGUAAACCUCUCUGCGCCUCAGAUGGUCGGACUUUCUCGUCGCGCUGCGAGUUCCUGAGAGCGAAAUGUCGUGACCCCCAGCUGGAGGUCAUCAGAGGGCCCUGCAAAGGUCAGGUCAAAGGUCAUGUUUCAGGGUGUUCGGCAUGGGUCACAGAGAACACCUGUGGGGUCAGACUAUUCAGAAUAACUGAACCUGUGAGACAGAGAGAGAGAGAGAGAGAGAGGGUUGCGAAGUUCUCCACAUUUGUGCCCAGAGAGGGAAACGUGCGCCGUCUGCUAAUAAAAGUGAAUAUUAACUUCUCUGUUCGAACAAAGUAUGAAAUGUUGAACAGAUGACUGGGAGCUGAAUCUCAGUGGUUUGGUUUGAAGUGGCUGAAAUGAGAUUUUCAUGCAGAGUCGAGUGUCUGAAUGAAGCCUGUUGAAAAGAGCGAAUGGUUUCAUGAAGAUCAGAAACAACAUCUGCAGAUGAAAAGCUAGAAGGAAGUCAUGCAGAUCACCCCCUGUCCACCAAAGACACACACACACACACACACACUGACUACAGCUCAUUCCUCUGUUCACUCCCUCUCACACUUAAAGCUCUUUAAUGCACCGGCUGCUUGUUGCACCGGCUGCUUGUUAAAAAGAAUUCCUCCCUGGUAUAAAAACUGUUGCUCCAUUUUUCCCCGUGCUGGGUCUCCAUGGCGAUGUCUUGAAAAGGACAUCUGGACGUGGCUGCAGCAAUUGAAAAAAAGAGACUUCCAGCCAGGACGCUGAAAGAGACAACAGUCCAUGAAAAAACUGGUCGAAGCAUCAAUAACGAAGUCUGAAGGAUGCUGGAUACUGGUGAAAAGAGACCACAUGUAAGGUAUUAAGAGAGAAGAACCAUGAGGGCGACAAACAAGGGAAGACAGGUGACGGGAGGCAGACAGACCAUCCUAAGAACCUCCUAGAGUACUCCAGAGUUCUGAAUCUCCAGUAUGAAGGCCUGCUUGUUGUAGCCAAAGACCUUCACAGUAGAGUGGAAGGUAGAGUCUAGUGUAAUCAGGCCCCUCUUCUCAGGAAUCAGAGAAGAAACCCCAGAGUAGAGGAGUAGCGUUGGUCUCCUCUUUAGAAAAAGUAGCGCGUCCAUCAUGUCGGACAAAAACAACGCUGUACGAUGCUCCAUCUUCUUGUUUCUCCAAAAUGCCCAGCAGCAGUUGUAGACACUUCUGACGUCUGACACUGACCUGCUGUUGUUGUUGAAAAGACCCAUAUCGCCCCCUAGUGUUGGGGAGGAGGACACGUUCACGUCAAUAAUUCAGUUUUCUCAGCUGCAUGUAAAAGAGGACGAGGAGAGAAGUCUGAUUCAGAGGAAAAUAAAAAUUAUGAGGUUAGUCGGGUCAAAGUGUGACUGUAAACGUACUGACUGUGUUUGUGCUUCGAGUGCUACACACUCAGACUGCUCUCAACUUGGACUGAUGUAAACCUAGACCACUAAAAGUCUGACUUGCUGUAGACUCAGACUGCUGUAGGCAUGGACUACUAUGAGCUUAGAUUGCUAUACGCUAAAACUGCUAUAAACUAUUGUAGACUUACACUGUAAUGAGCUCAAACAUCUAAGCAUAGAUGCUACAGGCUUAGACUGCCAUAGACCCAAACCACUUAGGGUUUAAGGUCCUUACACACCGGGUGAGAAUUCGCCAGGCGAAUUAUUCGCCUUUUUUGAAAACAGCAUAAAGUCAAUGCGAGCUUCCACACCGGCGGCGAUUUUUCCGCGGGGCGAAAAGCCGCUUUUAUUUUUUCGCUCCUGUGUCAAAUUUUUCGGAUAUUCGCAGGCGAAUAUCUGGACCUGCUAGACCUCUGGCCAAUCAAAAGUCAUGUUGUUGAUGACGUCACAGACCCAUACGGCUGGAGGAGAGGGGGAAGUUUGAGAUUAUGAAAACGCAGACAAAGACAGCUGAGGUGCAUCCAAAACUCUUUCGAAUUACUAAUGAAGUAGUUUUCUCACAAGAUGACACUCUCUUGUCUUCCUUAGAAGACAGAUGUCAUGCACACUUCACAGGGUGACCACCUCAUCAUGCCUGAUUCUCCCUCUUAGCUGUUUGACAUACCGAUGAUCUGCAGCUACAGGGCCAACAGAAUGACCAGACAACUUGAAGGAUCACUGCUCAGCCCUCGCCUCUCCUGGCUGCUGCGGCGUCUCUCACAGCUUUUCCUCCUCUUUCUCCCUCGCUCAUAAUGCUAGACAUGUCAAUCAGCAGCCAUUCACACGACACACACCAUCACUGGCACCAAGAGCAACGAUGGGAGAGAGGCUGGUCAUUGCGGUACAGGACCACCCCGCAUCUCCUCUCCUCCGUGCCGCAAAGCGACUUUAUUAAUUCGCUUUGCAAAAAAUAUACGCAUAUUCGCAUUGCGGCCGGUGUGUAUAGGCGAAAGCGAUUUUUCGGACCGGCGAAUAUUCGCAAUUUUCGUCUCACUAUUUCGCUUCGCUCCGCAAAUUCGCCGGUGUGUAAGGACCUUUAGACUGUUGAAGACAUAGACUACUAUAGUCUUAGACUGCUACAGGCCGGGACUACUACAGUCUCAGACAGCUUUAGGCUUGGAGUGGUAUAAGCUCAGGUUGCCAUGGAAACAGACAAACUGAGCUCUUGUCUUUCCUCCUCUGUAUAAACCUUCUUUUUUAAUUUGGGACAGUUAAAAGCAGAAGACCAGUCUCAGAGACCGGUCUGUGAUUGAAGACGGUGAGACAGCUCUUGGUUUGUUUUCUGUCUCUAAUGAAGACGAGGAGUCUUCCUCAGAUUUUCCAUUUUUCUGCUCAGAGCCUCAGGGGACGACGAAGGUUUUUCCACCAGAGCUAAAUUAAGAGUUUCCUCCUUGUCCAAAACAUCCAGUGUCUUAUGACAGUGACACACACACACACACACACACACACACACACACACACACACACACACACACACACACACACACACACACACACACACUAUACGGACAGUCCCUUCAUGUUCUGGGGGUUUGCACAGCUGGAGCUGGUGGUUGUGGUCUUAGAGGAUGAGUUGAGUCUGUGUGUGUGUGUGUGUGUGUGUGUGUGUGUGUGUGUGUGUGUGUGUGUGUGUCAGCAUAGAUAGAAAUUCUGUAUUUAUCGAUCUAUCUUGACACACACACAGACACAGACACACACACACUCACACACACACACACACACACACACACACACACACACAGACACGUACUCGUGAGCUGCGCACAGAUGAACGUUUCAGACCCACUUGCGAGGAGACUCGGUCUUAGACUUGCUCUGACCUGAGGACUUUAACAGAGAUGUUGGGAUGGUCAGUUUUCCUCCAGAAUCAGCCCUUUUCUGUCUGGAAUGUUCUGCAGGAUGAUGUCUUUAAUGUCUUUACCACGUGUCCCUGAGCAGGACGGGGUGCUGGUUUGAUUCCCAGCCGUGUCCCAAACGUCCCUCAGGGACUCAUUUCUGCUGCAUUUUUCUGUCUUCCUCCAUCAUCUAUGAGAUCUUUGUCCUCCUCAGACUCUCAGUGUGUGUCUGUUUGUGGAGGUGUGAGUGUGAGGAGUGAUUGUGUUGUUUUGUGCGUCCUCAGACACGUCCAGGUGUGUAGCAGAGAAGAAGUACACAGAGCAGCAGGCCAAGAAACUGUUCCCUCAGGUGUUUGUUCCCGUCUGUAACCCCGACGGCACGUACAGCGAGGUAACCAAACAUGACAGGCGGGAUUUAACACGAGAAUGAAUGUUGGAGGUCCGUCCUCCUCCUGUCUGAUGGUUCACAUCUCUUCUUCUUCUUCUUCAGGUGCAGUGUCACAGCUACACAGGUUACUGCUGGUGUGUCACCCCUAAUGGACGACCAAUCAGCGGCUCUGCAGUGGCCAAUAAGAAACCACGAUGCCAAGGUGGGUCACGCAAUUUGAAUGUCUGAUUUGUCCCAGACUUUGGCGUCCUGGAGAUAAAUCUGUGCAGCACAGAGUGACAAAGACAAGAGGGAGACAUAAACACAGACACUCACAGCAGCCGUCUGUGUGUUCAAACUGACACCUGUCUGUGAAUGUCAGAAACACACAUUCAGAGACACUUGACAGUAAUCAUCAAUAUUCAGAAAAAAGCUGAGUUUGACUUUUUAUUUUUAUUUUAGGAUCUAAACAGGAGAGAGCUACGACCAGAGAGCCAGGUAAAUCAGGUGAGACUGAGGACAGAUCGGUGUGUGCAUGUUAGCUGACGUGUUUGUGCGUGUGUGUACCAAUCCCAGCAUGCAUCCACCUAUGUGUGUUUGUUUCUGUGUGUGUGUUUGUGCAGGGUGUGUCUCUUUAAUAGACCCUUUUAAUGUUUGUUAACACACACGGGUGCAAAUGCAUUUUGGAAAUGAACAAACACGGAGGAAGUAAUAGUUAGUUUCAUCAGACUAGACUCAUUUGAUUGACUUCAAUCUGACAGGAAAUAUUAGCAACAGCCGACUGGACAAACCUACAGCCAAUCAGAGUGAGGCACAUGUGACGUAAUUUAGAGGAGUGGAGACUUAAGGUAAAGGUGGACUUGAGCUUGACUUCAACCGUCAGAAAUCUGAUGAUCCAGGGUUUAACACUAACUUUGUUCACAUUCUCCUAAGUUGAAAAAGUAAGGAGCACAAAAAACUUUAGGGACAUGAUGAAAAUUGAUCAAAUAAUGUUUGUCUUAUUGAUCGACCUUAGUACUAUUAUUUGAAAUCAUUUUGAGGUCUUUUGGUCACAUGACAGUGAAGCUAUUGAAGGAAAACAGCCUUUACUGAGAACAUCAACCGGUAAUUUAUUGACGGUCCCUUAUUCAACACCGAAGUUGACAAUGAGGGUGUCGAGUAGAUUUAACCGCGCUGCUGUUGUUAUUCCUGGUUAUGGAGAGUGAGAAGACACCGGUAGAUCCUCAGAGAAUGUCUGUCAGAUAUCCAACCUAAAACUAACUUCACCGCCGUAUUUACAGGAAAAUAUAUCCAACCUGAAACUAACUUCACCGCCGUAUUUACAGGAAAAUAUAUCCAACCUGAAACUAACUUCACCGCCGUAUUUACAGGAAAAUAUAUCCAACCUGAAACUAACUUCACCGCCGUAUUUACAGGAAAAUAUAUCCAACCUAAAACUAACUUCACCGCCGUAUUUACAGGAAAAUAUAUCCAACCUGAAACUAACUUCACCGCCGUAUUUACAGGAAAAUAUAUCCAACCUAAAACUGACUUCACCGCCGUAUUUACAGAAAAAUUAAAUCCAACCUGAAACUAACUUCACCGCCGUAUUUACAGAAAAAUUAAAUCCAACCUAAAACUAACUUCACCGCUGUAUUUACAGGAAAAUAUAUCCAACCUAAAACUAACUUCACCGCCGUAUUUACAGGAAAAUAUAUCCAACCUAAAACUAACUUCACUGCCGUAUUUACAGGAAAAUAUAUCCAACCUGACACUAACUUCACCGCCGUAUUUACAGGAAAAUAUAUCCAACCUAAAACUAACUUCAACCGCCGUAUUUACAGGAAAAUAUAUCCAACCUGAAACUAACUUCACCACCGUAUUUACAGGAAAAUAUAUCCAACCUGAAACUAACUUCACCACCGUAUUUACAGGAAAAUAUAUCCAACCUGAAACUAACAUCACCACCGUAUUUACAGGAAAAUAUAUUCAACCUAAAACUAACUUCACCGCCGUAUUUACAGUAAAAAUAUAUCAAACCUGAAACUAACUUCACCGCCGUAUUUACAGGAAAAUAUAUCCAACCUAAAACUAACUUCACCGCCGUAUUUACAGUAAAAAUAUAUCCAACCUGAAACUAACUUCACCACCGCAUUUACAGGAAAAUAUAUCCAACCUGAAACUAACUUCACCGCCGUAUUUAGAGGAAAAUAUAUCCAACCUAAAACUAACUUCACCGCUGUAUUUAGAGGAAAAUAUAUCCAACCUAAAACUAACUUCACCGCCGUAUUUACAGGAAAAUAUAUCCAACCUAAAACUAACUUCACCGCCGUAUUUACAGGAAAAAAUAUCCAACCUAAAACUAACUUCACCGCCGUAUUUACAGGAAAAAAAAACAUUUGUUGCCUCGGCUUAUUUUUUUUUAUGUGCACGUGACCCUAUUUACAUUUUACAAUUCGCACACAUCUAAUUUUAGUCGCAAAUGCGAGUCAAACGGUCGCACUGUCAAGCCCUGUGAUCUAGUGUGUGAAGAUCUAUAUUGAGUCAGUUGUAGAGUCUAAGCUGCACAUACAGACUGAACUCACCUGUUGUCUUCAUCAGGCAGCUAUCUGACCCUUUAUCACUGUCUUCAUCAUCAUCAUCAUUCUCUUCCUCUUUUCCUCAUCUCACCCAGUUCUUUUUCAGCCUCUGAACCACUAUACAAACACACACACACACACUUAGAUAUGUGUAAUAUAUAACCAAAUGUGUGUGUAAUUUCUGUGGAUCAUGUUCUCCUCUGGUUUGUCUGACUUCUUUAAAGUUUAGUUUGGUUUGACUCUGAUUGGUUCCUGAUGCAUGUGUCUGUGGGAAUUCAACAUCUAAGAGGGUGUGUGUGUGUGUGAGCUGGUUUUAUAAACAUGUUGGUUACAGCAGGAUAAACUCAUUUGCAGUGUUUACAGCAGAGACUGAAACUAUUUCAAUUAAACCAAAUCCAUCAGUUGUUAAAAUACCAUGAUGAAAAUAAUCCUAUUAAUAAUAUUAAAGAUAUAAAUAACUAAAAAAAAUGAUAUGUGACUCUAUUUAACACAUUUAUUCAUGAUGGAAUCAUCUUCAGCAAACCACAGACAAACAGCUGCUAAAGUAAUGCAGGGCAACCACAGUGUGUGUGUGUGUGUGUGUGUGUGUGUGUGUGUGUGUGUGUGUGUGUGUGUGUGUGUGUGUGUGUGUGUGUGCGUGUGUGUGUGCGUGUUUCCUGGCAGACCCUUAAAGAGGUGUUAGAGUCAUGUCAGAGGCCACAGAGUAAAGGCGGUCAUUAGUGGUCCAUCAGAAAUCCACAUCAUAAAAACUGUUUUUAAACAGCUUUACCAUUCUUUCACAGAGAGAGAGAGAGAGAGAGAGAGAGAGAGAGAGAGAGAGAGAGAGAGGCGGGGGGGGUCAUCAAACUGAAAUAACUUUAUAAAGACACUUACUUACCUGUAGCUCUGGACUCACCUGAACCUUCAACCUCGUCGUCAUCAUACAAACUGAGCUCAGAAGAUCUAAGACAGCGUGGGGGUGUUACUUUUUACACAGCUCUAUGUCAGCUACAGUUACACUGUCUGCUGUUUCACUGUUGCACUGAGCUUUACAAAGGUCUUUCGAGAUGACCAGCUCCAGGCUUCAGUAACAGCUGAGACUCAGAUCCAGCUGAUCCUGGUCUUUAUUUACAAAGGAGUCCUCAGUGAAGUGGCGGGCACUAACAGCUAGUAGUGUUGUCGUUCAUGAACGUUUCGUUCAAAAGAACGGAGCUGGUGAGUGAAUGGAAUCACUCCGGGCCUGAUUCGUUCCUUUCACAGUUCAGUUAGGCUCAGCCGCGAGCCUGGCAUGCCGGUUGGGAGUGGAACUGCCCCCUUUGACUCUUAGGCGAACGACACACAGCCAGCCAGCAAGUGAGCAGGUGGGCGGAGUCUCGUGAUUUGCUGACUGCAGCGGCAGGACAAGGCCCCGAAGCACUGACUGAUACAGUGAACAAAUCUUUUGAACGAAUCAUUUUAAUUAACGGAUUCUAAAGAUUUAGUAGAGUCAAAAGAACUGUUCUUCCCAUCACCAACAGCUACGAUGAAAACAUAGCAUCCUGAAAACAUCCAAACUUCCUGCUGUUUUCUGGAGUCUUCAUCGUUGAGGAAACAGCUGAGACUUUCCUUCAGGACUAAAAACAGACUGAGACUUUUGAGACGGACUGGACCAACAGAGUGCAAACUAACAAACAAGGUGGCGACAUGGACUGUUCAGGGGGAUUUCAGUUCGUUCCUGAAAGAGCUUCUGAGUCAGUUGAUGCUUGCAAGACCUGGCAGAUGGGUGUUACCUUAAAUGAGCUUCUGGGUGGGCAUGUCUCGGUAUUGGCUCCUUAGUAAGAAUGUCCUCGCAGUAGAUGCCCAGUGGGCACCUCCUUGAACUAGUUUCCUCGGGCGCAUGUCUUUGCAAGAGCUGCUGGGUAGGUGUGUCCUUAAAUGAGCUUACAUGUGGGCAUGUCCUUAUAAAAGCUGCCAGAUAUACCAGAUGGGCGUGUCUUACAGCAAGCUCCAAAGAGGGCGUGUCUUUGCAAGAGCCAACCGGUAGUGUUUCCAAGAAUUAGCUGCUGGAUGCAUGUCCUAGAACAAGCUUCCAGGGGGCGUGUCUUUCAAGGAUUCCUAACUGCGCAUGACCAUUCCAGAGCGACGAGGUGAGCGUAGAUCCUGACUAUGAAGAUUCAUCAGGUGGGCAUGUCUUUGCCAGAGCUGACAGAUAGGGUUGUCAGUGAAUCAGCUGCUUGAUGGAAGUAUCAUAAGACCAGCUUUCAGAUAGACGUCAAAGCUGCCCGGUAGGCGUGUCUUUGAACACUUCAGUGAUGGGACGGCAGAGCCUGACGUCAGGUUUUAGGCCAAGUCUCCCAAAGUGCUAAAAGAAGCUGUCUAGAGUCUCAAGAAUACUCUUACAGAGGUUACUCUCUGGUGUUAUGGAUGGAGUGGAAAUACAACAUCAGAACAUGACAUGUUUACACUGAAGUACAGAUCUGAUUCCAUCAAACUAUGAAGAGUCACCAUGGGAACAUUAACCACUAAACUCUCUACCUUCUCAUCUCUCUCCUUAAGCUUCCUCUUCUCUUCCUCAGUUCUUCUCUGUCGGGCAACGUGCAAAUCUUUGUCAGAGUGUUGUUUUCAGGUAUGGAGCUAACUCUGGUAAUUGUAGUCUCCUUGCAAAUCUUCUCCAUUCUAAAUGCAGAUGAGACGGGGCUGGUGGUGGACCCUCAGCCGGCUGCUGAUGAGGAGGGUAAGUCAGAUUGAAAUAUUUGAUGCUGAGAUGAAAACGUGUGUCAUGUGACUCCGACACAUCAGUCUUCUGGCAGUGUCUGUUGUUGAGGGUUUGGAUAUUUCCCCUGCCCAGUUCACUCUCAAGUCCAGUCUUUGGUGGUUCAGUCCGUGGUUUUUGAGGUACGGAUCAGGGGUUGUUUUGCUGAAGCUGAUCAGUGUGUUAUUGUUUUUUUUUUUUUGGGUCAGACAUCACCUCUCAGUAUCCCACCCUGUGGACGGAGCAGGUUCGCAGCCGACAGAACAACAGAACCAGAACUCCAUGUAAGUCUUUUUGUUUGUCUUGUCUGGUUGAGAAAUCUCGGUGUGUUGAAGGUGGUCAAAAGGUUUGAAACAAAAUCCCAUCUGUCACAACUCUUUAAAAAAAAACACAUCAGCUCCUCUGUGAGGAAAUCUGCUGCUUUCACAGUGUGUGUAUGUGUGUGUGUGAAUCCCAUUAUCAUAAUUUAAACCAAUAGCAGCCUGAGAAUGCAGGCUGAUGGUUCUGAUUAGCCUGUGGUCGUCCAUACGGAGGAAGUGGAGCAGAGCGGGAAGGCGAGGAGGCGUUUCAUUCGCUCUCUUUGUGUGGUUUAACAUCUCUGAUGAAAAUAAACAAAGGCAAGAUUUACCCAGAAACCCCUGCAGCAUCUUGGACUGGAGGCGAGCAGCGAGGAAAGACGAUGAGAAUAAGGUUUUUAAGUUUGAACCAAAUCUCUGCAGGAGGGAGAAUCAAAGUCUGAUUAGACCCUGAUGGAAAAAUCCUCCUCCUCCUCAUCACUCACUCCUCUUCGUGUUUCCCACAGAGGAAUACAAACCCACUUCUGUAGACACUGGCCCAAGGAUUUGAUGGUUUGAGAAUCUAUAUCUAUAGAGUCGAGGGUAAGAAAUGCAAAGACCUGAUUGGUUGUUCCUCAAUAAGAACUUUUGACCUGAUUGGUUGUUCGCGAAGUAUUUUUGAGACAAUUCCAUCUUUUGGAUUCGAGGUCUCUGGGAUUUCUCUCAACAUAAAGAUGCUGCUGUUUUACCAAGUGUGUGUGUGUGUGUGUGUGUGUGUGUGUGUGUGUGUGUAUGUGUGUGAUUUCACUUCGUCUUCUCAGCAAACACACACACACACACACACACAUGCACACAGGGCAGCUAAGUGUGUAAAUAUUUAUUGAACUUUGGGCAUUAGGAGCUGUACUUAGUCAUUCUGCUGUUAAUGUGUGUAAACAGAGAGGGGGGAUGUCUACACCCCCCCUACCCCCACACACACACACACACACACACACACACACACACAGACACACACACACACAUAUAUCCUCCCCCUCACAGAGAUUAGAUAUUUAAGUAGAACUAAAAUCGAACUAUCCCAUGUCAGAGCCUGUGGCUUUAACUCUCAGUUUUUACCAGAAUCCCUACAGCUGAUCAGAUGUGUGUGUUCUUGUUGGUGUGACUCCUGUGUGACCUCUGACCCCUCUCUCAGCCUCGUCAUGUGACCAGGAGCAGCAGUCAGCUCAGGAGGAGGCCCGGCAGCAUAAGAACGAUGCCGUGUUUGUUCCCGAUUGUUCUCACGGUGGUUUGUACAGACCAGUGCAGUGUCAUCCCUCGACUGGCUACUGCUGGUGUGUGCUGGUGGACACGGGUCGGCCCAUUCCCGGGACCUCCACAAGGUGGGACAGGCUUCACUCUCACACACACACUCCGGUCUGUGGUCUAGUGCUGACACACACAUUAACAGGAGACUCUGUGUGUGGCGUCAAACCCACAGACACACACAUACAUCAUCAGGUGGAUCACAUGCCUACACCUGCAGACACCCCUGCUCCUCUUUUUCAGCUGUCUGAUUUUAGUCUCUGAUACCUUCUGUUCUGUACUUCGUCUUUGCUGCUGCUCUCCCUGUCUUUGCUUUUCAUAUAUGGAACAAGGGAGGUGUGCUCUGCCCUCCUCACCCCCAAUUUCGACGUAUCCAGAGGGACUCAGAUCAGGAACAGCAGAGAUUUUCACUGUCCGCCAAUUCCUACCAGAUCCCUUGGAUCUGGAACUUGUACCAUGGCAUUUCAUGGCGGAUUACAAAUGGCGGUAAUCGCGAGAACUCACAAGAACCCGCGGAUUGCAAUCAAUCGCAGGAUAAUAAAUUGUCUUUAUUAAGACAGCCACAUAGACAUAUAAGCAGUAGAUUGUGUCCUUCCAGAGGAGGAAAUCUACUUCUAGACUUCUAGAAUCAGCAUCUCCUCAUCCAUGGUGUCAUCGGGGUGAAAUGACGUCUAAAAACCUUUCACUUGUUCGUCUCCGCCCGUUUGCAUGGUGUGAAAUACGAUCCUCCUGAAACACGGAGUGUUUUAUUUUGAAAAGAAGCCGGAUGUUUUAUUUUGUGUCUGUGCCCGACUUCCUUUCCAGCACGGGUUAAUCUGUGCUGAAUAUAAGCGGCAUGCUUCAGCGUCCGGGAAAAAUAUAACUCUUGCGAUCAGCUGCAGAGUCGCGCGAUCUGCAGCGGAACAGAAAGAAGUCGGUGUAAAUUGACACGUUAACUUGAAUGGUUACGAUCGGAGGAUACAACCUUUUCACAGCCGUUCAGGAUGUUGUGUAAAUUGGGGGUCAGGCUUUGGUAUUCCACAUUCACAUGUGGAAGGGCGUCCAUACCGUCAAAAAUGAUGUACUGCAUGCAACAAAUUAAGUGAAGUAUUAUGGUCUUAUUCUCUAUUUCAAACUAAAACUUAUAAAUUAACCAAAGGGGAAAGUAGUCUUCAGUUCUUUUGGGGUUCCAAUACAACAACCUCCAUCUCUUCAUAUUGUUCUCAGUUUGGCCAUUGCCAAAAAGCUGCAGGAUUCACGAAUCAAGAUGAGUCGAUGGAAGCACGUCACAUCAUUGAUGCUGUAACACAGUGUUUUGGUCCUCCUCUGUCAUGAUUACUUCCUAGGUUGUUGUUCGCGUUGCCUGCCUCUUGCAUCAAAUCUGUGUUUUUUUUAAAGCACUUGGAGCCGAGAGGAGAGCAUCAAUAAAGGAAACAAGCAAAGAGACAAAUGACGUCAACGGCUAAGACUAGCUGGAACCGGUUUGAUUACCGUCCCUAUUUCAGACCGUAUAUAAGUUUCUCUGUAUGAAAAAACCUGCUGGUGUGUGACACUCUUAAGCGCGCGCACACACACACACACACAGGCCUAGAUGUGUCUGUUCUGCAGGGACUCCGGGAGGUCAAAGGUCAGUCAGUCAGCACAGUGAGAAGUGUUUGUCUCUUACAGCGCAGAGAGGAUCAGAUUAAUGGGACUGCAGACAGAGUCAGAGAGAACAGUUCACACACACACACACUCACACACACACACACACACACACGGUCUCGGAGCAGUGAGUUGGACUGUCUCUCUCAGGAAGACUCCCCGUGUCCCACGCUCUCUGUCUCCCUCUGUCUCACCCCUCCUCCUGGUUUUGGAAGUGGUCCACAGAGCUGUUCUUUAAUCCCUGAGAUCAAACUCUUUCAUAAUAACAGAACACACACUCCAUCACUCACCAUGACCACACUCUGACUCUAUUUACACCAGUUUGUGUGUAAGUCCAUAUAAAUGUUUGUACAAACGUGUGUGUGUGUGUGUGUUGAAUAUGUGUUUACUCACCUGUGUGUGUCUCUCUCUCUCAGGUAUGAACAGCCCAAGUGUGAUGGGAACGCCCGAGCUCAUCCGACCAAACCCAAAGAUCACUACAGGAGCCGCCAUUUGCAGGGUAACUCUGAGUGUGUGCACGCACGUGUUUGUGGGGUAGGCGUUAGCGGUGACUGGGGUUACCCCUCUUGUAGUUCACCAUGAAAAUGGGUCUUAAACGCCCAUCAUGUGUUGUUGACCUGAGGGAGUUAGUGCUGUGGUCACUAACUGUGUUUCCCACAGUGUUUUCAACAUGAACCAAUCAGAUCAGAGUUUUCAACACUCGGCGCCGGCUGUUCUUAGUCCCUCUCUGCAGAAAUUACUGUAAAUCCUCAAAUAAAGACUGGUAUUCAAUUUACAGCCGGGCCCCUCAUUACGGGCGCACUCACACUCGGCCCAGUUGACCCUUACCAUGCUUAAGUACGAUGGUCCCUCCUCAUAAUUCCAUCACUGGUCUGCACUCACACGGUUUCGGGCUCUAGCAUGAUUACCUACAUUAUAAAGAGACACAGGCAUAGCUUUCCUUCAACCUGGAGAGUCCUUAAAGGGAUAUUCCGGCAUAAAAUUAAUUUAGGGUCAAACACACCGUAACACUGAGUUAGACCCCCCCUCCAGAGAGGAAUGUUGUCGACCGCUUAUUUCUCUAGUUAUACCAACUUUAGUAACGACCGCAGGAUAGAAAUACAGAGAGACACGCCCCCAACCAAAACGCCACUCUAUAGCCACAAAUAAUGCUCAGAACAGCACCUAACUUCAUCAACAGGACAUAUAGGGUCACAGACAUAGUACUAGACACCAAACAUCUUUUUAACUUUGACUCAUUUCUUUAGCAAAGAGACUAAACACAACUCACCUACUCUCUUCCAGCAAAUUGUUCACUUGUUUGUAGCGAGACCUCAGGCCAGUCCAUUACAGACUACAGCGGGGUGCCGCAGCUCAAGGAAGAACAUUGCAGAUAAAUACUUCAGAUCAUUACAAAUGGGGCCCAGUCAAGGUGAAAGUCAAAAGCAUUGGUGCUACUGUAGAUGCCAACAGACUACCAGCAAACACAAUGUUUGCAGGACUUCUACAACGAGGAUAAAGUGACAUAGUCCAGGACCCGAGGGAGGACAGUUUAGCGAUGGCGCUACAACACGCUACAGCAGGUCCGUUUGACAAGAAACACUUCUGUUACAGACACUUGUCUUACUUUGUUAAAGCGGUUUACCUGUCCAGCAGAAAGGUUACAGGGUCACCAAGAUCCCCAAGCGUCCCCCAUCGUUUAUGUUGACCCGGCUUUUUAGCUCUUGUCCGGUCUACCUCCGUUUUAAGCGCCGUUAUUCCUCCAGAGUCUCCGGUAUUUACUUUGUUUUCUUGCUUGUGUCGGCAGUCGUGGCCAAAGGAGGAUUCAGACAAUUUUCCGAACUUUCUGGUUGGUUUCUACUGUCCGAUAUUGUAGCACGCUAACUUUGUUUGGGCUCCUGAACGACACGGGGGAGCAGCAUUUUCUUGUUGACUGUUUUCCUGUUGACUGUUUAUGGUUGACUGUUUUCCUGUUGACUGUUUUUGGUUGACUGUUUUGGGGUUGACUGUUUUCUUGCUGGCUGUUUAUGGUUGACUGUUUUCCUGUUGACUGUUUUCUUGUUGACUGAUUAUAGUUGACGUUUGCUUGUUGACUGUUUUCUUGUUGACUGUUUAUGUUUGAGUGUUUUCUUGCUUGUGUCGGCAGUCGUGGCCAAAGGAGGAUUCAGACAAUUUUCCGAACUUUCUGGUUGGUUUCUACUGUCCGAUAUUGUAGCACGCUAACUUUGUUUGGGCUCCUGAACGACAUGGGGGAGCAGCGUCUGCCUCACAACCAAUCAGGUUAGAGGAGGUGGAGAACGGCUUUGUUUACAGUCAGAAAGAGCGGACCGCUCAAAAAUGUUCAAAUGUUGACGACACAGACAGAAGAGAACACAGAGAUAUCGAUAUAUUACCAAAUGUCAUCAAUAACUAAUAACUAUUGACUGAUAUUAGAAGAGUUUUUGUUUAUAGACCACAAAAAAGAUGCUACUUUAACGGAUUCCUCCCUCCCUCACCUUAAACUCGGUAAAAAACCUGUAAGCUGUGUCUGAGCUGAGUUUGGACUCGAGAAGCAUCCUGGUCUCAGUCUGUCUGGCUCUGGAGUUUUUAAAACAUGGUAAUAAUCCAACAUCACCUGAACACAGCUGCUCUGUUCACUGCUGGUUAUAUAACACAGAGUGAACAGGUGCUGCAGGUGAACAUUCAUCCAUUCAUUCAGUUAUUCAUUCAUUGUGAAUGAACAGGACCGUCUAUGUCCUGUGUCUCUCCUGAGUCUUAAAUGUAAAGUAAAAAAGGACACAGUGACUAAUGCCAGAGGGCCACAAUUGUCCCAGUAAAUAGACCGUACCCGACAGUUCUAAACAGUGAAACAAUGAACUGACUCAGCCUCUCCUUCAGUGACGCAGACUUUCUUCUAAAUCUGUCAGAGAAUCUCUGAUUAUACACUCAGGAACACAGAGCGCUGUUCUUUUUAUGAGCUUUAACACGGCAGCUGUAAACCUGUUACUGCAUGAAACAUGUUUAUUACACAUGUUUACUGUUAGAGCUCCCUGCUGAGAGGUUUAUUGGCCAGAGGGAUGAGGGGGUGGUAUUUGCAGAGGUUUUUUUUCUCCCUGAGUGGGAUCGUGGGAUACCAUCAGGCUGACGCUCGAGUCAAACACGCUCACAAAUGAAUAAAUGAAGGUAGAAGAAGAGCGCUGCAGAUGAGUGUUGAGUCUGAGUUUGUUUCAACUGUGGAUCAUUAAUACAACCCCAGUUCAACAAGAGUUAUAGGACACUGUGUAUAUGACUGUUUUUAGUUUCUUACCAGCAACAUGUUUCCAUAAAGUAGGGACAGGAACAUCACUACCAGCUCUUCUUUCUCCAACACUCUGUGGACAUUAGUGAACCCAGCAGACCAGGUUCUGGAGUCCCAUUCUGGACCAGUGGCGAUUGCUCUAAGACUGCAAGGGAAGCUCGGCUUCCCUUAAAAUGUCACCCCCCCCAAAAAAAGAAGAAGUGGUGAAAUACGUACGGCUGUGUGUACAUUUCAUUAACUAAAUACGCUCUAGAAAGCCUUCAUCUUUUGUUCAGACACUGUGAUAAGAAGCUGAUAAUUACAGGUAACCGGCAUAACUUCGUUCUCAUUCAUCCUCGCAGCGCCUCAGCGCUUUAAACAGCCGGACGCUGGGCUUCUGCUGACUUCAAUGUGGAAGCUUAAAGUGGGUUGUUCCAGCAGCGAAACUAGACGCUCAUUGGAUAAAUGCUGGGCUUUGUCCCGCCCAAUGGAAGCUAAGCUUCACUGGAGUUCUAUGGCGAGAGGGCGGUCCCGACUUUCUCCCGGACUCCAAGCUUCUGCAUCCAUGAUUGGAUGAGCUGUCUGAUGCGAAAUCCUUUUUUGAUUGACAGCUAAACAAGCGAAUCAGCGAUCUUGAAGAAUAAAACAUCUACCAGUCAUUCAUUCCGUUGUUCUUAACUGCUCCGGAGACUUUACCGAUCCUCAGCGACUUUUGUCUUUGUUAAAAACGACUGCCGUUGUGUUUGGCGACUCUGUUCUGUUACAUACUAAUAAACAAAUACAAUUAUGAUGUAGGCCAGAAAAAUGAGCUUCCCCUCCUUGAAAGACCAGCAGCCGCCACUGUUCUGGACUGAUAGAGGAUUUUAGCUGCUCAACAGUUUUUGGGGUCACGAUGGUCCAAAUGUUUUCAGUGAGGGCCGCAUCAGUCUAAUUUCUCAGCAGGUAUCUUCUCCUACAGAGCCAUGCCGUUGUAAUCCCUGUUGUCAGAAUGUAGUUUGGAAUCACAUAAAGGUCUUCCCUGAAAAAGUCUUUGUUUGGAUGGCAGCAGACUGAGGAUGCAGCAUCUAUGAUUCCUAAUUCUUCGUUGAAAGUAAGUCCAGUCGUCCUUGAGUGUCAGAUUUUGAUUCAUCCGACCUCAGGACAGUUCACGGACAAGUGAUAUUAAGCCAAUGCAAUGACUGCAACUACAGAGUCCUGAUGCUCCUAAACCUGUAGAUAAGGUUCAGCAAUAAUGGAGCCUUCACAGAUGUUGAAGAUACCCAUGACAUGGACUCUGAGAUGCUGAGAACAAGCCGGGUGGACAGUGUGCUCUGAGAGGAGGAUGCAGCGUCCAUGAUUUCCAAAAGGAAUGUCAAAUUUUGAUCCAUCAGACCACAGACCCGUUUCCCUCCUCUCCUCAGUCCAUCUGAAAUAGGCUCAGGUCCAGCGAAGUCCAGGUGUUCCUCCUGGUUGGUGUUUAUAUCUGGUUUUCUCUUCGUGUGGUUUUACCUUACCAUUUUUCAGCUCUCACGAUGCUCCUUGUGGAUGAAGUGGGGAACUGCGGUCACUUGUAAAGACAUAAAAUUCUCAGGAUGAUUGGCAGGUAUUGAGUUCCUCCUGCAGGUGAGCUCUUUAUGAGCGGGAGGAAACACUGACAGACGCUUGUUACCUUCAUGUUAAACACACUGCCUGUCACAUGACGUCCCUCCAUAAACAUUUAUGAGGCCACCUAUGACGCAGCAUUCCUCUCCGGUGCUGUUACCUGCAGGAUAAUUGUUCUUUCCUCUAUCUAGACCUGGUUAUGCUCACCUGCAGACUCUCUGGUAUCUGUGCUCUCUGUUUAGGGUGUCCUGGGGCAAAGAAAACCGAGUUCCUAACAAGCGUCCUCGAUGCGCUGUCAACAGAUAUGGUGCACGCAGUCACAGAUCCGGCGUCUGCUGGGAGGUGAGACGAUUGAACAAGUAUCUGUUUAUCAAAGAUCAUCGAUAACACGAUGAAGAAAUGAGCUAAUAGAAUCAUUUUGUGUGUUCAGGAUGGCUGAGCCGGACCCUAGCCACACCCUGGAGGAGCGGGUGGUCCAUUGGUACUUCAGCCAGCUGGACAAGAACUCGAGUGGAGACAUCGGGAAGAAGGAAAUUAAACCUUUUAAACGUUUCCUGAGGAAAAAGUCGAAGCCGAAGAAGUGUGUGAAAAAGUUUGUGGAGUACUGCGACGUCAGCAACGACAAGGCGCUGUCUCUGCAGGAGCUGAUGGGCUGCCUAGGGGUCACCAAGGAGGACGGUGAGCUCGCACACACACACACCUACACACACACACACACUGCUCUGAGGUUACCCUGACAGCAGACUGUGAAAAAUACUGAACCAGAUGUCUUACAGCUCAGGGUCAGCAGGAAGUUGUUUUUUUGGUCAUGAAAUAAAUCAGUGAAAUGAAACUUACAGGUGUGAGCCUGAAGUGAACCGAAGUCCAGGUAAACAGUUCACUGACUUCUUUCUGAGAUGUUUAUUUUUGUAAGUUCUCGUUCACAUGUUCCGGAAUUUGCACAAACUCUAUUAGCAUACAUGUGUUGCUAGGAGACAGGGAAGUAAACAAAAUCUGGACAAAAGAAGACGAUAUCAAAAAGACGAAGCUGUCCUUUUGAAGGCGUGAAAAGGGACAAUGUUUUCAUCGCUCAACAUACAAAACAUUCGCCACUUGUUUUGUCAGAUGUCUUUAUAGACAACGUAGUAAGUAGAUGACGAGCCGAAAGGGGGCAUGUCGCCACCUACUGUAGCAGAGGCGGGAAUGCAUCUGACAACACGUGGAUUCUUGCUCUGUGCUUAUAAACUUGGACAAGGACAGUAGUCCACUUAAACUGCCAUACCAAGUCUAACCUUCGCUCAACUGUACCGUGUCAUUGUCACGUGUUGUAUCUCGAGAAAACCAAGUUAUUAAGACCAGACAUCUGAAGUGCACGCUAACACCUCAGUCUGACUAUAAUCAGAGUUUGAGAACUCCGAUUAAGUCACCCAGAUAAUGCGAUUGGAAUUUGAUUUUCUCUACCAUGUAACCAGCGUAGUUGGAGUAUGAUCGGACAAUGCAUGUGCAUGUGCACCACGCCCCAAUGAUCCCGGAAUAAAACCCCCAGAGUAGAGGAGUAGCGUUGGUCUCCUCUUUAGAAAAAGUAGCGCGUCCAUCAUGUCGGACAAAAACAACGCUGUACGAUGCUCCAUCUUCUUGUUUCUCCAAAAUGCCCAGCAGCAGUUGUAGACACUUCUGACGUCUGACACCGACCUGCUGUUGUUGUUGACGGUUGUCUGAAAAGACCCAUAUCGCCCCCUAGUGUUGGGGAGGAGGACACGUUCACGUCAAUAAUUCAGUUUUCUCAGCUGCAUGUAAACGAGGACGAGGAGAGAAGUCUGAUUUGGUGAAAAAAAACCCCGAAAUUACGAACUCAGUUUGAUUAAACUGUGACUGUAAACACACUGACUGUGGGUGCAAUCAGUCCUGCAUUUCUAUAUCAGUCCACCACAUGAUUUUAAUGCAUGAUCUAUGUCUUCCAUGGUUUUAUGGACCUGCUCAGGAGAUGAGACCCUGGAGCAGUUCACUGUAGUCCACAGAGGUUUACUGUGGAAGGAUUCAGACAUGACUGUCCUGGAUUGGUGGACGUAUCACACAGAUUAUUUGUUGAUUUUCUGCACUGAGAUCAGAAACUACAGUCUGAAGUUUAGUCCUUAUUUGAACUGAUAAACAGCAGAACUACAGAGGAGGUGCUAAUGGAAAAUGUAUAAACUCUGACUGCAGCUCAUGAUCCCAGCUCUCGUCUUCAUUUCUGCCUUUUCUCUGUGUGUCAUGUUGAAGUUGUUGAAAGUGAAGUAAGAGACAGAAAAGGACAGAGAGAAUUAAAAAUGCUGAUAUCUAAGCUGUAUUUAUAUUUGAUCAUUGUCUCUCUGACAGGAGCCAAACCAGGAGACGGUUUAUCUCCCAGUAAACUGGUGAGUGCUCAAAUCAGAAAAUACCACCCCACUAAAAACCAGACACACAUGUACUGUUCAUAGAGAAAUAUUGAUGUUUAUGUCUAUUAAUAAAGUCACGUGGUUGAAUGUCAUCCUCAGGGUCCGUCGAGGAAACAGGGCUGAACAGACUCUCUCUCUCUCUGUCUCGCUCUCCGCCUCUGCAGCGGGCGAUCAUGAACCUUUAGUAUUUGCACUUUGUACUUUAAUGUAAAUUCACUCUGUAGAGGAGACAUAUUUAAACAGACUGCUGGUGUGUGAGUGAUGGAGUUGGUCCUGACAAACAGAUUAUUAACACAUACAAUGUAUGUGUGCUCUGUGUUUGUGAUUUCCUGUUUUUAAAGCUGAAUGUCUCUGAGGUUUGUUAAAUAACUCUGUCUCUGUAUCUCCUCUGUACAGCAGUUUGUAUGAAUGUUUAGAUCUUAAAGACGUCCAUCAUGUCCUCAUGUAUUCUGUUUAUUAGAAAUAAAGACAUCUUUUAUAA